AUGUGCAAUGCCAUCGCACUCGCAGCUGCACGUACCAGCGCUGUCCUACUCAACAACAGCCCCCACCCCCAUGCCCAGACAGAAGCUGCCAGAAACCCACCUCGUGUCAGACAGAAAAUAUUACAUGUAGCCCAAGAACUCUCAGGAGAAGACAUGCAUCAGUUCCAUCGAGCCAUUACUACAGGGCUCCAGGAGUAUGUGGAGGCUGUUUCUUUUCAGCAUUUCAUCAAAACACGUUCACUAAUCAGUAUGGAAGAGAUCAAUAAACAAUUGACAUUUACAACAGAAGACAGUGGGAAAGAAAACAAAACUCCCUCCUUGGAUUCCCAGGAUAAGCAGCUUGUCACUUGGAGACUGAAAAUCACACCUGUUGAUUACCUGCUGGGAGUGGCCGACCUAACAGGAGAACUGAUGCGGAUGUGCAUUAACAGUGUGGGGAAUGGGGACAUUGACACCCCCUUUGAAGUGAGCCAGUUUUUACGCCAGGUUUAUGAUGGGUUCUCAUUUAUUGGCAACACUGGGCCAUAUGAGGUUUCAAAGAAGCUGUAUACCUUGAAACAGAGUCUGGCCAAAGUGGAGAAUGCUUGCUAUGCCCUGAAAGUCCGGGGCUCAGAGAUUCCCAAACACAUGCUGGCAGAUGUGUUCUCAGUUAAAACAGAAAUGAUUGAUCAGGAAGAGGGCAUUUCUUAGGCUUGGAGACAAAGUUAUACCACCCCGCUAUUCCCCUUGGAACUCCCAAGAGACCAGUUUGUGAGACGGUUAUUUAGUGUUACUGCAUUUGACUUUAGUGUGGCUUUUACAUAGACGUGUUUCCACUUAUACUAGUUUGAAGCCAUGUACAGGCUGUGUAUAAAUUUAUCCAGAUGAUGUUUGUUAUUCAUGAAGGUUUGCAUAUAUGCCUCAGUUGGUUAACGUUCAUUUUUCUGUUAUGUGAACGUGCUUCAGAAACCUCUGGGCUUGAGCUUCUUGUUUAAGUUCUUGGUAAUACUGUGCCAAGCCUUCGAAUUUGACUCAGUCUGUGAAAUAAGGAUUAAAAUUUGGUAAUCUCUCAGUAUUUUUAAGUACAACUUUUGUUCAUAUUAUAGUGAGAGCUCAUGUAAAAUUCUGGCCCGUUUUAGGCCACUCUGAAUUUAUAGCCUUCCAUAAAAACUAACCCAAAUGUUAGUUUCUCCACUUAGUUUCUGUUGUUUUUCACAGAUCUGAUGGGGAUUGAAGCUCACAUUGUAUUAUUUUCACCGGUCAGGUUGAGCUGGAUUAUGUGCUUGUUUGUAUGUAAAGCUGGAAAGCUUUCAGUACUGACAAGUUAGCAGGGUUUUUGUUACUAGGCAUGUUUGGAAGGUUUCCUGUUGUAGUAUCUCUUAGAAAUCAUAUUUAAACAAAUACAAUGAUACUUUAAACACUAA